CAGACUGCUCUUCCAUGCGAGGGGCUUCACGGUUCUUCGUCUCGUCGAUCAUCUUCCUCCUCCGGUCCGGUCCCACUCCCUGCCCCCGAAAUUCCGAGGGAAGGCAAAACGCAAACACUAACCCCCGUGUCCCGAAAUCGCCUCCCUCCCCAUUUCAAACCAAUCCGGGCCUCUCUCCCAUUCCGCCUAUCGCGCCGCCUCCGCCGGCGAAAUCCCCGCCACCGCCACCGUCGCGCGUCCCCGCCCCGCGCUCUCCGCCUCGCCAAGUCGCCGCACACACACUGGCUGCGGUGCCUUCGCCGGGAUGAACGGCCACCAUUCGAAGGACCCGCUCCUUCAGAUGGAGACGCCCUGCGGUGCCCUCAUGCGCGAGCUCCAGGUCAUCUGGGACGAGGUCGGGGAGAAGGAUGCCGAGAGGGACAGGAUGCUGCUCGAGCUCGAGCAGGAGUGCCUGGAGGUCUACAGGAGUAAGGUGGACCAGGCCAACCGCUGCCGAGCCCAGCUGCGACAGGCCAUCGCUGAAGCUGAAGCCGAGCUCGCCGCUAUCUGCUCCGCGAUGAGCGAGCCAGCUGUUCACGUCAGGCAGCCUAACCAGAAGGCAUGUGGCUUACGUGAGGAGCUGGAUGCGAUCAUCCCAUAUUUGGAAGUGAUGAAGAAGAGAAAGGUUGAAAGAUGGAACCAAAUUCUCGACGUUGUCGGGAAGAUAAAAAAGAUAUCAUCUAACAUAAGGCCUGUAGAUUUUGUCCCUUUCAAAGUACCUGUGGAUCAAUCUGAUCUGUCCUGCAGAAAGUUAGAAGAGUUAAGACUAGAGCUACAGUCCCUAGAAAAGGAAAAGAGUGAGCGGCUCAAGCAAGUGAUGGAAUACCUGAGUUCUUUGCAUUCUUUAUGUGAAGUACUUGGUAUUGACUUCAAGCAAACAUUAUCUGAUGUACACCCCAGUCUGGAUGAAGACGAAGUACCUAGGAACAUAAGCAACACCACAAUACAGAAGCUGGCGUUGACAAUAAAGAGGCUACGUGAAUUAAAAAUCGAAAGAAUGCAGAAGCUGCAAGAUCUCUCGUCUACAAUGCUAGAACUAUGGAAUCUUAUGGAUACACCAAUAGAAGAGCAGCAAGCCUUCCGAAAUAUAACGUGCAAUAUUGCUGCUACCGAACCUGAAAUAACAGAGGCCAACAUACUUUCCAUUGACUUCCUGAAUUAUGUGGAAGCUGAGGUGUUGAGGCUGGAACAUCUGAAAGCAAGCAGAAUGAAGGAGUUGGUUCUUAAGAAGCAAACGGAGCUAGAAGAACAUCGUCGACGGGCACAUUUAGUUGGCGAAGAACUUUGUGUAACUCAGUUUAGUAUUGAGGCCAUUGAAGCAGGUGCUAUUGACCCCUCACUUUUGCUUGAACAAAUUGAGGCGUACAUCGCAACAGUUAAAGAAGAUGCUUUUAGCAGGAAGGAUAUUCUUGAGCGAGUUGAAAGGUGGCUAAAUGCGUGUCAGGAGGAAGCUUGGUUAGAGGACUACAACAAAGAUGAUAACCGAUAUAAUGCUGGAAGGGGCGCACAUAUUAUGCUUAAGAGAGCUGAAAAAGCCCGUGUUCUGGUUAACAAGAUACAAGGAAUUGUAGACGUUCUGACAAACAAAGUCAUAGCUUGGGAGAAAGAAAGGAGUACUGAAUUCACUUAUGAUGGUGUUCGACUUUUGUCAAUGCUUGAAGAAUAUAUGGCAGUUCGUGAAGAGAAGGAGCACGCAAAGAAGAGGCAAAGGGAUCAGAAGAAACUUCAGGACCAAUUCAAAGCUGAGCAGGAGACGCUUUAUGGAUCAAAGCCAAGCCCUUCAAAGACUAACAGCGCGAAGAAGAAGGUUACCACAAACUCAACAGGUAGUGCAAACCGCAGGCUGUCUCUUGGUGGAACUCCAAUACAACCUCCGAAAUCAGUUCGUGCAACCAAGAAAACUGAAGACACCAGUACUCCGUCCCCUGUUACAGGUAGUAGAGGUUUAGACGUUGCCAGUCUUCCAAUCAAGAAGUUGUCUUUCAAAGCAAGUACUCUUGGUGAGACUGAAACACCUCGGAAACCAUUUGCUCAGAUCACACUAGGGAAUAGUAUCCCAUCGACUCCCAUGCGUCCUAUCUCCAAUGGCAACGAAGACAAGAACCGGACCCCCAAGACAUUGGUAGCACUAACUCCCCAGACGCCGAUGAUAGUGAGCGCUCCUAUGCAAAUGGCAACGACGCCUGCUAUAACUACCACAAGAGAUGUUCAUGUCUGUCUCGACUAUGACAAACCGGAGCUGACUUUGCUUGAGGACAUGGAGUACUCGGUUGAGGAGAGGCGUCUUGCUUUCUAUCUAGCCGCACAAGCUGCUUGACCGACAACUGAUGCCAGGAGUAGCUGAAAGUCUGAAACCUGGCUGGCCUUGCCAAGGUUGGCACGAGCCCUGCCUUUUUUCAGUUUGAAUCAGAGACAUAGUUUAUGUUUCCAUUAGUUUGUGAAGGAAUUGCAUCGUUGCCUUCUGAUGUGAAGGUUGACAUGAAAAUUAAUACUAGUAUUUGCUGAACCUUCUUCCCCAGAUCGACCAAUGAACUAAACCAUAUAUCCA